AUGCAAAAGCACAGAGAUUAUUACAUUACAGGACCCUGCUGCUCUACCGCUGCCACUCCGGAGCCCCACCCUCUCACGUGCCGGCUCUCCAGUCCCUCCACCGCCGGCCGAGCUUGCCCGCUGGUUCGCGAGCGGAUUCACCCCCUUGGAGCUGGGAUCCAGUCUAUAAUCCAGCCACCACACAUGAUCUUCACAGGGCUUGAAGACUACAAAGCAAGAGGAACUCAAGCAAGCCCUUACUAUACAAUCACUCAUUUCACAGAGUUUGCAGAAACCAAGGAUACGGUGCUUGUCCGAGGAGACGUCGUCUUCACCAGCAAACUAACCGACGCAGAGGCUAAGCGUCUUUUAGAGACGGCGCACUCCUUCUACCUGAACGAUGUGCGGUACAAUCUCGUGGAGCGUUUCAACAAGGAAACGCAUGAUUUCGAGUUCAAAGACGUCCUUGAGGCGCUUGAAAUGCCGUCCAUGUGAGCAGACGACAAAGCUUGUCGGCAUGGUGAAGCUGAGACUAGCGCCGAGAAUGAAACUUGGAGUUCUUAUUUUUUGUGGAAGUUGUAUCGUGGAAAAAUAACAAGCCUGAGGCGAUAUCACCCUGACUUUGCCA